AUGGAAGGUCGUGUGCAAUACGAAGGCACAAAUGUUGAAAUUGAUCUGAGUAACUUCUCACAAUGCUCUGAAUACAUAAAGAAUCAGAUACUGCCGACUAUGCUUGGGGAACCGAAUACAGAAUUCAAUUAUAUCACAACUAAAGUGUCAAAGAAUGAUAAGAUUAAGGACAAAGUAAGUAGUUUGGAGAAGAACGUAAAGGAUAACAAUUUUGUGAUUAUAGCAUCGUAUGGAGACCAUAUUCAAAAGAUGGUGACCAUUGUUGAAAUCUUGAAGAAAAACUUUGCUAAGGAUACUAAACUACAUCAAUGGAAUAGAUUACAUAGUUUUGAACAUAUCAAGCCCGAAAAGAAUGAACUUUUAGAGGUGAGAACCAAGGUGCCAAUCAUGGUAACAGCUCUAUCGCUUGCAGAUGAGAAGGAAGCUCCACAAAAAUUAACAAUGGCAUCUAACCAAUUUUAUAGACAAUCGUGA